AGUAGAAAAAUGCUUUUUUAUUGCUUACUUUGAUGACGCGUACCAAGGACAGAUAAGAAUGGAUUCGAACGAUUUCGUCAUCACCGUCGACGACGGACGCGCGUGUUCAGGCGACGCGAGAUGUUAGUCAACGUCGUCGCGUCACAGCGAGCUCUUUCCAAAUGUACCGACAGCACAUGUGUACAUACGGAACGCUGCAGCCUGUCACAGUGCGGGUGUAUCUUCCGUCGAGCGUUGCGCUCCUAUAACUUCCGAUAACGUUAAACAGCGACUCCGAGAAUGCGCGUGAUACUGGUGAAAUUUCGCGAAAUCACGCAGAAAUAUCCGAUCGUUCGAGGGAUGGCAUCUUACUCGAUUAUAUGGCCAACCGGAUGCCUGUUGCAACAGAAAAUAACGGGGAAAGAGGAGUUCAAUUUCACUGAAGCUCUGCGGUUCAGUCUGUACGGUGGUUUUUACGUGGCACCUACUCUAUAUUGCUGGAUAAAAUGUUCGUCUUACUUUUGGCCAAAAGCGAAUUUAAAGUCUGCUAUCACUAAGGCUUUGGUUGAACAAGUGACGUACACUCCCGCAGCUAUGUGUUCUUUCUUUUUUGGCAUGAGUCUUCUUGAAUUAAAGCCAGUUUCGGAAUGUAUUGAAGAGGUCAAAAUUAAAUUCUGGCCAACAUAUAAGGUCGCUAUUUGCGUAUGGCCGAUUCUACAAACGAUCAACUUCACUCUAGUCCCAGAACAAAAUCGCGUUGUAUAUGUCAGUGUGUGCAGUUUAGUGUGGACGUGUUUCCUCGCUUAUAUGAAAGCUCUUCAAGCCAAGCGACAACAGAUAGUAGACGCAACUGACGUUAAUUCCAAAAUUAUAUUAGAAAGGAAAACGCAAACCAACGAAAGAGGCUUGCUGCUUUCUCUAUUACGAUAGAUUUUAAUCGAAAACUGAGUCGUGCUGUUAGAUAAAUUAAAAUGUACAUAGUUUUUAGGAACGCGUUCCGUAGUUGGAAACAAAAGAGAUAAUUUAUUAUUGUUGACAUAAUUUUCACAUAUACGUACGUAUAUCUGUGAUACAUCCACAGUACAAAAAUAUAUUACUUGCCUAUCUUUUAUGCGAAUACGUUUAUGUAAUUACUGUUGCGCGCAGUAAUUAAAAAAAGUGAAAUUACUUUUUUAAACAAGUAUUUUUAAAUAUAAAACUGUAACAAUGACUAAUAAGAUAAAAUAUGACGAAAUACAGAACAAAAUUAAGAUUCA